AUGAAUGACAAGUACCACCGCGCAGCCCGGGACGGCUACCUGGACCUGCUGCGCCAGGCCACAAGGAAGGAGCUCAACUUGCAGGAUGAAGAUGGAAUGACGCCGACGCUAUGGGCUGCCUACCACGGCAACCUGGACGCCCUAAAGCUGAUCGUAGGCCGAGGUGGUGACCCGGACCGCUGUGACAUCUGGGGCAACACUCCAAUGCACCUGGCGGCGGCUAACGGCCACCUGACCUGCCUGUCCUUCCUGGUGUCCUUCGGGGCCAACGUGUGGUGCCUGGACAACGACUACCACACGCCCUUGGACAUGGCGGCCACCAAGAGCCACAUGGACUGCGUCCGCUACCUGGACUCCAUCGCCGCCAAGCAGAACGCCCUCAACCCCAAACUGGUGGGCAAGCUGAAGGAGCGGGCCUUCAAGAUGGCCGAGAAACGCGUCAAGCACUGCCUGAAGAUCCAGAAGAAGCACCACGAGCAGAUGGAGCGGCACUUCCUGCGGGAGCAUUCAGGGUCGCCGGGCGGCGGAGGGCACGAUAACAUGGACGCCAUGAGCUUCUCCAGCUACACCAGUGGGAGCACGCUCAGUAGACGCCUGCCUCAGUUCAACACUGUCAACUCCAACAUGACAUACUCCCAGGCCACCAUCCACUCCACGUCCAAGGGCCGGACGAAGAUCCAGCGCAAGCUCGAUAAGAGGAAGGCGGUGGACGGCACCUUUAAGAUCUACGAGGAGGGGCGCCGGAGCGUGCGCUCUCUCUCGGGCCUGCAGCUGGGCAACGACGUGAUGUUCAUGCGGCAGGGCACGUACGUCCCCGCCCGCGACCAGCGCCCCAACGGCCGCCUCAACGUGCGCCACAUGUUCGGCGUCGGCGGCAGCGUGGGUGAAAUCGUGAGCGGAAGAGGGGAGGUGGACGAUGACGACGAUGACCGCGCGGACACAGUGUCGCGAGCCCUCAGCGACCCGGGACUGCACGAGGCAGCCAUGUCGGAGGUCAGCGCCGACUCGGGUCGCGACUCGCUCUUCACGCGGCCUGGACUCGGCACCAUGGUGUUCCGCCGCAACUACGCCUCUCGCUCAGGUUUGCCGAUCCUGGGCAUGGCCGGGCAGAGCGAGGGCAGUGUGGUGGGCAGUGAGCCGGUCGGACGAGCCCCCAAUGUGCGACUCCGAGGGCCCCUCCCCCGACGCUCCCCCAGCCUGGACGAGGACAUCAGCAGCCUCGGGAGCGCCACCCUGUGGGAAGAGGCGGAGGAGCUGGGGGUGGACAAGGUGGACUUGGGGGGAGGAGGAGGAGGAGGUGAUGGAGGGGGGCUGAAGGACGCCAUACCGGGACCGCUGGAAGUGUUCCUCGCCGCGCACGGAUUGGGAGACUUUCUGUCCAUAUUCAGACGGGAGCGUAUCGAUCUGGAGGCGUUACUCUUGUGUUCAGAGCGGGACCUGACGAGCAUCCACAUCCCUCUGGGGCCGCGCAAGAAGAUCUUGGAGGCCAGCAGGAGGCGCUGUGACGUGCUGGACGAGCCAGGAGCCAUCACCGACACCGAGAUGUAGAGAGGAAGAAGAGAGAUGGGAAAUGAAAAUCUGGAUUACUGUUACUGGCUGAUAUCCACAGGCAGAUACAGAACUAUGUGUACCUGUACUUGUUUGUCAGAGUGGCUGCAGAGCGCCUGUGUGUUUGUGUACUUGUGUGUGUACGUAAGUGCGCAUGUGUGAGGUUGUGUUAGUGUGUGCCAGCCUGUUUGUGUGUGAGUGUGUGUG